ACCGUCUUAACAUAUUUUAUGAGGUGUGUCAACAAAAGAAACACAUUUUAUCGGGAAAAUUCAAGCUGAAGCAAAACCUGCAAAGGAACUCAGUGUGAUAUCUAUGGCAGGGUCAGAAGGAUUCGUUGAAGCUGAUAAUGCAGAAGCCAUUAUUACUAGAAUUGAACACAAAACCCGAAAGAUCGAAACCUUACUCAAACAGCAUAAACCCGUGGAAGCCCUUAAAACUGCCCUUGAAGGAACCUAUGCCAUGACUAGUGAUGAGCGUUGCAAGUCGGCACAUUGGAUCGUUGUGCAUAGAGCAAUAAUGGCUAUAAAAGAUGUGGAUGGGAUGCUUUCUUCCUUGGAGCCUGAGUACUAUGAUAUCCUAAUGAAGUAUUUAUAUAGAGGCUUAUCCACUGGAGAUCGUCCAACAUGUGACCAAUGUCUUCGGAUUCAUGAAAAAUUGACAGAGAGAGCAGGCCAUGGUUGCAUUCUGCGUUUCUUGACUGAUACUAUUUGUUGAUCUAUGGUACUUUGGUUAACAGCUAAUAUCAUUCUACUACACCCGAUGUCAGUUGCUUGCAAUCGAAGCUAACAGCUCUUGUUAGUUAGUUUGUUACAACUAACUUGAUCCUUUGUAUUUUGCUAUCUAUAUAAAGCCAAUUAUGAAUAGUUCUGGGUGUUGAAUGAAGUUGAAAAAUCAGAGUGAUAUUCAUUUAGAGGAGAGGGAAAGCAUGCAUGAAAAUCAUCCAAAGAGGUGAAUUUGCUAAGAUCAAAUCAAGGUUCACAAUGAAUCUUGAUGGAUGAUCAUUGUAAUUUCUUCAAUCAUAUAGUGAGCUUCAAGUCAGAUCUUGUCCCCUAGAUGUAGGAGUUCUACUAAAAAAUGGGUUACCAAAUUCUUGUAUUCGUCUUUUUUAUCUUCCUUUCUUGCGUUUCAAUUU